AUGGCAGAGGAGGCAAGCACAGGGGAGACCAAGGAGGCCGCCAACGUCGGAGCAGCUCUUGACGAAGGAAAGACUGCUGAGCCUGGCUUACGUGGUGUGGAGGAUGCUGGCGAUGCCCCGGGCAGCAGCCUGCCUUGUGAAGAGGCGGUUCACGAUGCACUGCACUUGCAAGACUCUGCGGUAACAGGCGAGGAGGGCCAGCUGACUUACCCCGAGAUCGCGUCGGGAUCGUCACCGACUAAGCCCAUCGCUGAAAGCAUCGAACCGGUCGGCGCCGGCGCCGCAUCGUAUCGUGGAGCUCCAGCCACCCAGAUUACCCGGGACCCUCCAGGCACUGGACCUCCCAGCCACGCGGCCUUCCUGCCGCACGGAUAUGCAGCCACAGGGCCUCCCAGCCAGCCGACGCAGGGCAUGGCGGAUGACAGUCGGCUUCAGGCCAUGGCAGAGGAGGCAAGCACAGGGGAGACCAAGGAGGCCGCCAACGUCGGAGCAGCUCUUGACGAAGGAAAGACUGCUGAGCCUGGCUUACGUGGUGUGGAGGAUGCUGGCGAUGCCCCGGGCAGCAGCCUGCCUUGUGAAGAGGCGGUUCACGAUGCACUGCACUUGCAAGACUCUGCGGUAACAGGCGAGGAGGGCCAGCUGACUUACCUCGACAUUGCGUCGGGAUCGUCACCGACUAAGCCCAUUGCUGAAAGCAUCGAACCGAUCGGCGCCGGCGCCGCAUCGUAUCGUGGAGCUCCAGCUACUACCCAGGUUUCCCGACACCCUCCAGGCACUGGACCUCCCAGCCACGCGGCCUUCCUGCCACAGGCCACCGUAGCACCAAAGCCUUCCACCCACACAGCCGCUGCCGUCGGAUGUGCAGCCACAGGGCCUUCCAGCCAGCCGACGCGGGGCAUGGCGGAUGACAGUCGGCUUCAGGCCAUGGCAGAGGAGGCAAGCACAGGGGAGACCAAGGCGGCCGCCAACGUCGGAGGAGCUCUUGACGAAGGAAAGACUGCAGAGCCUGGCUUACGUGGUAUGGCGGAUGCUGGCGAUGCGCCGAGCAGCAGCCUGCCUUGUGAAGUAACAGGCAACGAGGACAGGCUGGGCAUGCUGGAAGAGCAGCAGCUCCAGGCAGCCCUCAUGCUGUCUUUGCAGACUCCCGCUGACGAGUCGCCUUCGCACAAGGAGCACAGCAACCCGCUGGCCGAGUUGGAGCAGCAGGCCAGCUGUCAGACGAGGGCAAGCGCUCCGAUUGCGGCCACAGAACAACUCGAGGCCCAGCAAAGUCGCGACAGAGAGAGCAGCCACGACGCCGGCGCAGCGAUUGGGUGGGCGGUUGGCUCCGAGCCUGUCGGCGGAACUGAAUCUGAAGAUCGCAAGCCCGCACAGUUAUUAUCGCCAGCCGAGCAAAACGUGCUGAUGGAGAGCCUCCUUCAGGACCAGGACCAACCGCAUUGGUUGUCGCAAGUGGCAGGGGAUCUGCAAGAGCCUACUUGGACAGCCAGAGGAGGGCUACCAGAACCAGAGGAGGAACCCGCGGAAGCGCUGGCACAGGUGGCCCGCACUGCGGCCUCGGCGCAGUUGCAGGACAGGCCUGACAUCAAGCACGAAAUGUCUUGGUGCUCAUGGACGGCAUUGGAGAGCCGGGCGGAUGAAGUUCCCUGUGAGGCUGCAUCUUCGGAGGGUGUCCGAUCUUACCCGGAGACACGACCGAUUCUUCGGGAUGUAACCAGCCCUAAGCCGCGGAAGACACUCAGCUUCUCUGACGUGGUGGAGCUAAGAGAGUUCAAUCCGAACGCGAGGCAGGAGGCCGCCUUUGUCGACAGGGAGGCCAGAGAGGAGGUUCCCAAAUCCGCCGGUGCAUCCCAGGCGCACAAGCCCGACUCGGGCUGUUUGGAGGCUGGCGAGGGGAUUGUGCCUCAUGAGGCCAGGGUAGCCGACCCAGGCGAUUCUGCUGGCGCCGUGCGUGAAGCCGAGCAUGAAUCAAUAUCUCUACACCCCUCCAGCCACAAAGAACUGCAACUCGCGCCAGAGCCUUCCAGCCACAUAGCCCCUACCAGAACCCUCCAGCAACAGGCCACAGGGCCCUCCACCCACGUGACCCCAACACCCUCCGCCCUCACCUGGCAAGACCACCGGUCGCAGGGCAUAGCAGAUGGUGCUGGUGAGGAAGAUGCGCGGGGGGCAGCUGUCCGUGCUCUUCCCGCUGCUCGGCUGGAGGCAAGCGGUGGGGAGACCCAAGCACUCGGAAGGACUGCGGACGAGCCCGGCUUGCAAGGCCUGGCGGAUGCUGGCGAUGCCCCAGUCAGUAUCAACAUCGCAUCAGCAUCGUUUCCGAACCGCAAUGUCACCGCGAACAUCACACCGAUCGAUGCCGCUUCGUUGUCUGGCCCUCCAGUCACCUGGAACACCGGGCCUGCCAGCAACCUAAACCCCUCCAGCCACAAAGCGCUGCAGCCGGCCCCAAAGCCUUCCACACACAUGGGCUCUACCAGAACCCUCCAGCCACAGGCCACAGGGCCUCCCACCCCCGUGACCCCAACACCCUCCGCCCUCACCUGGCAAAACCACCGGUCGCAGGGCAUAGCAGAUGGUGCUGGUGAGGAGGAUGCCCGGGGAGCAGCUGUCCGUGCUCUUCCCGCUGCUCGGCUGGAGGCAAGCGAUGGGGAGACCCAAGCACUCGGGAAGACUGCGGACGAGCCCGGCUUGCAAGGCCUGGCGGAUGCUGGCGAUGCCCCAGUCAGUAUCAACAUCGCAUCAGCAUCGUUUCCGAACCGCAAUGCCACCGCCAACAUCACACCGAUCGAUGCCGCUUCGUUGUCUGGCCCUCCAGUCACCUGGAACACCGGGCCUGCCAGCAACCUAAACCCCUCCAGCCACAAAGCGCUGCAGCUCGCCCCAAAGCCUUCCAGCCACACAACCCCUACCAGAACCCUCCAGCCACAGGCCACAGGGCCCUCCACCAACGUUACCCCAACUCCCUCCACCCUUGCCUGGCAAAACCACCGGUCGCAGGGCAUAAAUGGUGCUGGUGAGGAAGAUGCCCGGGGAGCAGCUGUCCGUGCUCUUCCCGCAAGCGAGGGGGAGACACAAACGCUCGGAAAGACAGCGGAUAAGCCCGGCUUGCAAGGCCUGGCGCAUGCUCCAGCCAGUACCAACAUCGCCUCAGUAUCGUCACCGAACCACAACCUCGCCGCAGAAAAUAAGGUCACACCGACCGAUGCCCCUUCGUGGUCUGGCCCUCCAGCCACCCACCACCUAGGGUCUAGCCACAGAGCCCUCCAGCAGGCCACUCUAGCCGCAAACCCUUCCACCUACACGAACAGCUAUGGCGACCUUCAGCCACAGGCCACACAGGGCCGUCCCUUCGCCCCCACGCUUGCCACGGAACGCUCCAGCCUGCAGCCAAAGUCCGCUGCAGCAGCCCUCCAACCCUCAGAGCCCUCCGUCCUCGCAAGGUGGGACCUUCCAGCCUCCACUGAUGGGGCCUUCCGCUGGGAGCCCUCCGCCCGCCAUGACGAAGCUGAGAAGGAGCGUCAGCCGCAAGCUGAGACCAAACGCCAGGAGGAAGCUAAGAAGAAAGAGGAAGCUGAGAAGGCAUACGCAGACGAAGCUGCAAGGUACAAAGCUGAGGAGGAGAAGAAGAAGGUGGAGGAGGAGGAGGCAAAGUCAAAGCGCCAAGCUCAGGAGCAGAAGAAGAAGGAGAGCCCUGAGACCAGACGCCAGCAGGACGCCAAGAAGAAGGAGGUAGCGGAGAAGGCGCGCGUAGACCGCGCAGAGGCGGCAGCCAAGUGUCGCUCCGAGGAGGAGAAGAAGCCGGAGGCUGAGGCCAAACGCCAGGAGCAAGCCAAGAAGAAGGAUGAACCCGAGAAGGUGGCGGCCAAGUGCCAGGCGGAGAAGAAGCCGCAAGCUGAAGCUGAGAAGGCACACACACAGGAGGCUGCCAGUCACAAGGUUCAGAAUGAGAAGCAGAAGGUGGAGGAGGAGGAGGCUGAGGCUAAACGGCAGCAGGACGCGAAGAAGGAGCAACCCAAGAGGGCGCGCGCAGAGGCAGCAGAGAAGAAGAGGCCGGAGGCUCAGGCCAAACGACAGGAGGAAGUCAAGAAGAAGGAGGAACCCAAAAAGGUGCACACAGAGGAUUCCGCCAAGCGGAAGGUUGAGGAGAAGCAGAGAACGCAGGAGGACAGGCUGGACAUGCUGGAAGAGCAGCAGCUCCAGGUGGCCCUCAGGCGGUCUUUGCAUUCGCCUUCCCUCGAGGAGGCGAAGCCUGUGCACGCUGAUCGUCGACGGAGGCACAGCGUACGUGCCCAAGAUGUACGCGAGGAGGCGAAGCCAAACCAGCGCCCUCCACUGCUGAAGCGCGAAGUGGCAUGGAGCCAGACGCUGCUGGAGGGCACUCCCCCGUUCCAAGUGCCCUUUCAGCCCUUUCAGUCAGCGACAGAGAUGGCAGUCGGCAUAAAUGGAGCAUGCGGGAGUGCAGCCGGCAGUGUAUCCACAAAGCCCGCGCCAAGACCUUCUCCAUCUCCUCUGCCAUCGGCUCUUAGGGACGCCAGCCGAGCCAGGCCAAUGAGGACACUUCGGUUUUCUGAGAUAGUCGAGCAGCGGGAUAUCAGCCCAAACCCUCGAUCCGUGUCGGGCAGCGACGGCUCCGGCUGCGACAGGCCUCGUGCAGGCCAAGCAGACCCACAGCCUCCGCUUCCACCAAAGGCAGCCAGAAGAGUCCCAAAGAUUUCUCAGCUUCCAACACCGCAGUCAGGGCCUGCUGGUUCGGCAGCUUCCAGCAAGACCUCAGCAGACUCUAAGCCGGCACCAGUGCAGAGCUCCAGCUUCGCGGAGUUCCUUUUCUUCCAGCCUUCGCCCGAAGCUCCUUCCCCACACCUCUCCAGCUUCUUGUUUGCGGCAGACAGCGCUGCCUCCGAAAGCAACCUGGACACAGCUGCCGAGCCGAUGAAGCAUGCAGCCCAAGCAAAUCAGAAUGCCCUCCGAUCUGCAAGGCAUCACCACCAGAGUGAGAUCCAGCACAAGCAUCAUAGCCAUCAUAGCCACAGCACAGCAGCUGAUGACCGGCCAGCCGCCGGCAAGCAAGGAAAGCAUGGCAAACAUCACCAACAAGGCCGCACGACUCGAACGGGCUCCACCGGUACAGUGCCAAGCUCCUGCCAUGGGAGUACUCCACCUGUGGGCGAUUGUGGCGGCGUAGAGAGAGUCUGCAGCCCGCCCGUGCAUGUCACAGAUGCGAUGGCGAGAAGAGCCCAUGAGCGGGGCCUUAGUCCAAGCCUUCAGAAGCGCGUUUUGGAACGUGCGUAUUUUCUGUUCGAGAACGGCGAGUCCGAUGACUCCGAACGAAAUUACUUUAAGGCUUUGAGAAUCGAGCUCAGCCAGUCAGGCUGA